AUGUCAAAGCUGACUUUGGACGGCUUUUUUUCCUACUGCAAGCAAAUAGCUGAACACAUCCAGUUGGGCGAAAGAAUGGCUUCCUUGUCGGGACAGAGUACUCCCAAAUUGACGUCUGGUGUCGGCAACCUCUACUACGAUUCGAUCCUGCCAUACAGAGAAGAUGCCAGCCCACAAACUCGUGAAUUCCUCGCCAGGGUUGUAGACGUGCUACUAGACUUCAUACAGAAAGUCAAUGAUAGGAAUGAAAAGAUCUUGGAGUUCAAGAUGCCUGAGGAGAUGCAAAAAGUAUUGGACCUGCAUCUCCCUGAUGAACCUCUGCCGUUGAAGCAACUUCUGGAAGACUGCAAGGUCACUUUGAAACACCAGGUCAAAACGGGUCAUCCCCACUUCUUCAACCAGCUCUCCUGUGGCCUGGACAUCAUUUCUUUAGCCGGAGAGUGGCUGACUGCUGCUGCUAAUACAAACAUGUUCACGUAUGAGAUCGCUCCAGUAUUCAUUCUGAUGGAAAAUGUGGUUCUAGAGAAGAUGAGGGCCAUGAUUGGUUGGAAAACUGGAGAUUCUAUCUUGGCACCAGGUGGCUCUGUAUCCAAUUUAUACGCGUUCCUGGCAGCUCGUCACCACAAGUUCCCGCAGUACAAGGAAAAGGGCCUGACCAGUAUUCCUGGACACUUAGUCAUGUUUACUUCUGACCAGUGCCAUUACUCAGUGAAGUCCUGUGCAUCUGUGUGCGGUCUGGGCACAGACUACUGUGUGUGCGUGCCCAGUGAUGAGCGUGGCAGGAUGAUACCGACUGAACUAGAGCGUCUGGUCAGAUACCAUAAGGAAAGAGGACAUGUGCCGUUCUUCGUGAACGCUACAUCUGGUACAACGGUGCUGGGAGCUUUCGAUCCGCUCAUGGAAAUAGCUGAUAUCUGUGAGAAAUAUGAUAUGUGGAUGCAUGUUGAUGCUGCCUGGGGAGGUGGCUUGCUGUUCUCUAAGAAAUAUCGUCACCCACGACUUACUGGUAUUGAGAGAGCACACUCAGUCACAUGGAAUCCCCACAAGUUGAUGGGAACGCUACUACAGUGUUCAACUGUUCACUUCAGAUAUGAGGGUAUACUCCUCAGCUGUAACGCCAUGUCAGCUGAGUAUCUGUUCAUGACCGACAAGAUUUACGAUCCCAGAUACGACACAGGAGACAAGGUCAUCCAGUGUGGACGCCACAAUGAUAUAUUCAAACUGUGGCUUCAGUGGCGUGGAAAGGGUACAACCGGCUUUGAGCGCCAUAUGGAUCGUUUAAUGGAACUCUCCGAGUACAUGGUGCGUCGUAUCAAGGAACAGUCUGAUAAGUUCCACCUCAUCCUGGAGCCGGAGAUGGUGAACGUCAGCUUCUGGUACCUGCCCAUCCAGCUCCGAGGACAAGUGCAUGAUAAGAACAAGGAAAUCAAACUUGGGAAGGUAUGCGCCAAGCUGAAGGGACGUAUGAUGCAAGCCGGUACUAUUAUGGUCGGAUAUCAACCAGACGACCGUCGACCAAACUUCUUCAGAAACAUCAUCUCCUCAGCUGCCGUCACUGAAAGAGAUGUGGACUUCCUACUCAGCGAAAUGGACCGCCUCGGACACGAUAUUAUUGUCGACUAA